CGUUCCUUAUUCUCAGCCUUCCUGCUGCGCCGAGGAUAGAAAGAGAAAAGAGGAGAAACAAGAAGGGCCCACACGGAGAAGGAGAGCAGGUUAAAGACCAUGGCGAUAUCCAGAACGUCUGAGCUGGAGUCCGUGUUCGAACACAGAGCAGCAGAGCUUGCGUGGGCCGCGGAGAGCCGUCUGUCAGGCUUCACAGUCCGGAUGAAUGAGGAGCUACCUGGGCCGUGGGUAAAAUGAGGGUCAUCUUCAUCCAGAACGCCGGUUUCGUCGCUGCUUUCUCGCCUUUUAUUUGUAAGUCGAUGACGUUGGAAACACUUAGGACGACGGAUAAUGUGACCGAGACAGAUUUAUUAGCCACAGACUACGAUAGAUUGUGCUGUUAAGAGAUGAGCCCUUUUUGAGACAGUUUACCUGAUUAUUGCACACAUUAUUUCCUCGUUUAAAAAAUAUAACAGAAACUGCAUUCAGUUUCCGGCAUGUAGUCUGCUGCCGAAACCUGAAUACAUUUUUUAUGUCGCAUACUGGCACUAGAAUUAAUUAUUUUUAGAGAAUUGUGUAUCGUAUAGAUGUUUUGUGCUUAAUCGGGCUGCAGACUGCUAAUAAAGUCGUGAUAACAUGAAUGGGGAUCGGGAUAAAUCUGAGCAAAGCCAAUGAUCAAUCGAGACAAUCUGGAAAAUGUUAUUUUUUACAUGUAUGACAUAAUAUGAUUAGUAGGCUAGGCAUUUUUGCUUGUAAGUUAUUUAUUUAUUACUACUAUUAUUAGGCCGCUAAGUAUUACCGUUUGUUGUAAAUAGCUAGUUUAACCUAUUUAACUGUGGGAAGUUUGUUUGAGGAUUUCCCUAGUGAGAUGGAAACUACUUAUUUAUUAACCCACCGGGGUCCAACCCGUCCCGAGGCCCCAAAAGGCCAAACCUCAGUGGGCAAACUUGCAGACAGUGACCUCUGCCCUCCACCCCAACCUGUCGGCAACUCAUCAGAAGAGUCCCCAUCAAGUGGUGACGGACGGAGAAACGCUGGUGUGAAGAAACAUCACCACAAGCACAACCUGAAACACCGCUACGAACUGCUGGAGACGCUCGGAAGAGGCACCUAUGGCAAAGUGAAGAAGGCCAUUGAGCGGCAGUCUGGGAGAGAGGUGGCAAUUAAGUCCAUUCGAAAGGAGAAGAUUAAAGAUGAGCAGGAUAUGGUACACAUCCGCAGAGAGAUUGAGAUCAUGUCAUCACUCCGCCACCCACACAUCAUCUCGAUAUAUGAAGUGUUUGAGAACAAGGACAAGAUUGUGAUUGUAAUGGAAUAUGCCAGCAAAGGCGAACUGUACGACUACAUCAGUGAGCGUCGACGCCUGAGUGAGAGAGAGACGCGACGCUUUUUCCGACAGAUAGUCUCUGCUGUGCAUCACUGCCACAAGAAUGGAGUGGUUCAUAGGGAUCUGAAACUGGAAAAUGUGCUACUGGAUGAAAACUGUAACAUCAAGAUUGCAGACUUUGGCCUGUCCAACCUCUACCACAAGGACAAGCUUUUGCAAACCUUCUGUGGUAGCCCACUCUAUGCUUCACCAGAGAUUGUCAAUGGGAGACCUUACCGUGGCCCAGAGGUGGACAGCUGGGCUCUGGGGGUGCUGCUAUAUACCUUGGUCUAUGGGGCGAUGCCAUUUGAUGGGGGAGACCACAAGAACCUUAUUCGCCAAAUUAGCAACGGGGAGUACAAGGAGCCCACACAGUCCUCAGAUGCUCGUGGGCUGAUCCGUUGGAUGUUGAUGGUGAACCCUGAGCGUCGUGCCACAGUGGAAGAUAUAGCCAACCACUGGUGGGUGAACUGGGGCUGGAAGAACAGUGUGUGUGACUGCGAGACCCAACGUGACCACGGAGGCUCACCCAUGCUUGCCCGCUUCAUUGAUUGGCAAAACCGCACUGAGCCACGUGGUUCUGGAGCCAAAGCUGCAGCUGUGCCCCAACUGCUGCGUCAGAGGCCAAAAAAAUCCAAGAAAGAAAAUGGUGAUGCAGGUGAGACCCACUGUGGAGCAGAAGACAAGCCAGGUCUGAAAAGACCAAAGGGUAUCUUGAAGACCAGGCUUACAGAGGAGCACCAGUCUGCCUGCCUGGGGGAGGUUGAGUUGAGCGAGGGAGCACUGGCUCAGCAAAUUGAAGGGGGAGAGGGGGGAUCUAGUCCAGAUGGAGAGGAUGAGGAGCCAGCCCUGGGAGGAGGCUCGCCAGCUAAGAUGGUUCCCUCCCUGCCAAAGAAAGGCAUCCUGAAGAACAACCAACAACGUGAAUCUGGGUACUACUCCUCUCCAGAGCGUAGUGAGUCAUGCGAGCUUUUAGGGGGAGCCAGUAUAUCAUUGCUAGCCACCUCACCACCCAAGAGAGUUAUGGGAAGAAAGGGCAUCUUAAAGCGAAAUGGCAAAUACUCGACCUACAGUGGGCUCCCGUCAGCGGCAGCAGUGGCUGGUGUCCUUGGCGACCCUCCUCCUCCAGCUGACUCUGGUCUAUCUCGUAGUCAGAGUCGACCUUCUAGCAUAGUAGGAGAGGACAGCUCUGUCCUGUCCUUGUCCCCCAGCUCCCUCAGUGGGGCUGAGUGGCAUUCCUCCACUCCCCACCUCCGCCCAAACAUCAGGGCCUGUGUGUCGGCUGAAAACCUGCUGCAGCUUGCCAACUUCAAAGGCCUACAGGCAGCACAACCACUCCAGGCACCCAAGUUCAGCCGGUGCCCCAAAACAAACAGCUCCCCAGGAGACAACAGCAGCUUCUCCUUAUUGGGGGACCUGGAGGACAUGACUCAGGUGUAUCAGCAAGCCCUGGACAUCAGCAGCAACCUCGCUUAACAGAUGGGUGGCCGAGAGAGAAGUAGAGUGAAGUGUGUGUGUGUGUGUGCGUGUGUGUGUGCGUGUGUGUGUGUGUGUUCACAUAUAACUGGGUGGCAUAAACGACCAGUGUGUUACUGGGAUACACCAUUUGGGAUGUUGUGGUUUUUAAAUUGGCCUGAAACCUAGAUGGAAAUGAUAUACGUGUACCCCCAUGUGCACACUUAGGUGCACUUCUCUGGCCAGAGGAAAUUCAGGGUUAUGAGAACAUGCGAAAGAACAGGAAAGAACGAUCUGCUGGCACAAGACAAUGCCACCCAGUCUGCUUAUGUGGCCUGCCCUUAGACUUUGCUUUAUUCAACAUGUUUACAUAUUCAGCAAGAAGGCGAGUUAGAAUCACAAAUGCGGCAACCAGAACCUGGUUUGCUCUUCACCAAUACCACCCAUUUUGAGUUUACAAAAGCACCUUAAAACUCACACAGAGCGCAUGCUUUUGUGAUCUUUACUUCCUUAAGAAAACAGCAACAAACCAGGGUCCUGUUUCAAACAACUGACAUUGCUGAUUAUUUAUUAAUAUUUAUGUGGCUUUUAUUUUUUUUAACUGGUGGGUGCUUGUUACUGGAAGAGUCCAAAAACUCUUGGUCUCCAAUUCUUUGUGUGGAAUUGACAUAUAUAAUUACAAAACUCGAUUAUGAGAAACAUACUGUAUACUCAACAUAUAUAACUAUGUCUGCGCAUGUACAACACACAGACAAGUAUAGCUUCAUAAAAGCAUAUGUCCUGUGUAUGUGCAUGAUAUUAGGGAUGUAUGUAGGAAGUGCCUUUUUUGAUCCAUAAUAAAAAUUAUGUAUGUCAUUUCCUUAAAGUGGAGGGAAAAGCCAGGACAACCUGUCACCAGUUGUGCUGUUUUUGAAGUUUUUUGUGAAUGUGGAGAGACCCAGGGCCUUCAACACACAGCUGACUAGUUUUACUUGUUGGGGUUUAGAUGGUACUUAAUAUCUAUGGCUGUAUUCACGUUACUUGGGAAUACAGAACUUGGAACUGAGACUUACCAUCUUCUCCGUGCAUUUGAGCUACAUCAAAUGUGGAUGUAUUCUUCUGGCAGUUUAUUUAUUUAUUUUUUAGUCUUUGACAGCUGAGUAUGGUUGGUCUUCAUGUCUGAUGUCCUCAAAGCCUCACAAUUUCAUGCUUAUGCAUUUAGAAACUACCCUGCUAUUUUGGCCUGAAAUAGGUUGUUUGGACCUCAGACAUACAUAACCAAGGUCCGUAUCUGAACUAUUUUUUGCUCUACGAGUAAGACCUGCCUAUUUGUAGUGUGUAUGACAUGCACCCUGUAUCCAAAUAUAAUAAGUGCUAAAUAGACUGCAUUUAUAUAGUGCUUUUAUGCUCAAAGAGCUUUACAGUGAUGUUUCACAUUCGCCCAUUCUCAGACACACUCAAAACACCGAUGCCAGGGUGCUGCCAUGCGAGGCGCUCAGCUGCACACCGGGAGGGAGCAACUUGGAGAUUAAGGACCCCUAGUGAUUUAACAGUCUGAUGGGGAUUUGAACUGAAUACUUAUUGUGCUUUUUUUCCAGAGCAUAAGGUUCCCAGUUCAAGGCCAUCCCUGCCCAUUCUCCAUGUAAGGUGGAGUUGUGUCAGGAAGGAUAUCCAGAGUAAAACUUGUGCUUUAUCAACAAGCAGCUCCAUCUCCGAUCUGCUGUGGUGACAGAGUGGGGAAAAAAGGGACAUGCCGAAGGAACUUAACCCAGCCGUUAACAGAUACAUAUACCAAAGUAUGUUGCAAGAGUUUCUAGUUUUCAUUGGCAUACUUUCCAGGUGGUUUCUGAUACUUAAAUUAAUAACGCUACAGCCCCAUGAACCAGAGGUGGGACGAAGUCACUGUCAAGUCAUUGUCAAGCCAUGAAUCGGCAAGUCUCAAGUCAGCUUGCAAACAAUUGGCCAUUAUGACUUGAGACUUGCCGAUUUCUGACUUGAGAAUGACUUGCUGGUGACUUCGUCCCACCUCUGCCAUGAACACUACUACAGUUUUCAUGUAUGCCUAUUAUCAUCUUUGAAUUUUCUUGAGAAGUUGGGCUUCUUCAAUUACCAGGCUCCAACUGCCUCAUGGGAUAGUGUAGUGUAGUGUUUGCACAAUGUGGAGGUAGUAGAUCAUCAGGGUACCAUUCUGACUACUAUGAAAUGCCUAUUGCGUAUUUGGACGCCCUACAGAUUUUGAUGUGCUGCUUUUUGCUUACUGUAUUAAGCUAGUAUGAAUAUUCAGAUAACGCCAUGCUUUGUGGGAGACAUGGAGCAGUGCCCCCUCUCAUUCAGGAAAGGCGUGUGGCCAACAGCUGCUCCUUUCCAUUUAAAGUGACAAGCACAGAUGAUUUGUUUCUGAGACCUGGAAAUGUGUUUUUAGGAUGCAUAACCUCAGUGUCUAUGGGGUAUUUUUUAUCUGUUAGUGUGUUGAGAUCCAUUUUAAGAUCCUUUCAAAUGUUAGAUGUAAACUUAUUUAUCCCCCCCCCCCCCCAAAAAAAAAUUUUUUAACGCGUUUGAAUGGCUAAUAGAACAACUGUUAGAAGAACCAGCUUGUUAACCAAAAUACUUUCCACUGUUAGCCAUAAAAGUGGCAACGUGAUGAUUUUACUAUUUCUUAUCAGAUUUAUCAGGUUGUAGUUUUAACCAAUAACUGUCUAUAUUUUAAGAGUUUUGAAAACACUCAUUUAAAUGCAAUAUAUUGCUAUAUUAUUAUGGUAAUGCUACAAACCGCUAUGCUGUCAUCAUGUCCCCUAUUUUUCUUUCCACAAGCUGAAUCAUGCAGAUUUAUUUUAGACCUGUGUUCUUUGUCAGUUUGUUGUAUUUGGGGAUUGGAUGAACAUACGAUUCGUAGAUUUGUUGUCAUACUGUUCUGGAAGGGCUUACUUAUUGGGGCAUUUUGGGAGAUGGUUCAGACAACAUCUCACAGGUGUGGAAUGUGCCUCGCUCUCUUUAAUUUGAUUUUUAUUUUGGUGGGGGGGGGGGGGGGGGGGGUGUUUACAUUUUCAAGGCUGUAUAAAGUAUGAUAAACUCUCCAGUUAGACUUGAAUGUGAUGGUUUUUAACCAAAGAGGUUCAGAGUAAUCUUCACUGUUGGGCUGCUAGUUAUAUUACUCAAAGCUUUUUAAAGGGGCUCGGUAAUAAGUAGGUGCAUUUUAGCCUGAUGACACUGCAAAUUCCACAGACAAAGGGCUAGAGAAUUGUUGAUGGUCGAGAUAUCUGUCAACACCAGCCUGACAUGGCACAGGUAGGAACCUGCGGUCUGUACUUAGCCCUCCAGCUGUGUAUACUUGAAGAGUGUAACCAAGCACAAUUAGCCAGCUUUUGUUUUCAUUGGCGAGUAAGAGGGAGGUGGCACGUAGUGAUUAGUAGGUCAAGGAAGGAAAAAUGUGAAUGCAUGAAGCAGUGCUUAGAUUAAAGAGGUGUUUCCUGUAAAAACCAGGAAAGGUCAAGGAGUUAGAUUUUUUUUGUUGUUGAAGGAACUGUAAUGUAGAAUAGUGAAAGUGAAGUAAGUGAGUAGGAAAGACAGAGGGGAAGUUGUUUUUAAAUACCAAAGAUGUGGUGACGCUUUGAAAUUAUUUAGCGUAAUAAACCGGACUGGAGUAAUGUGAGCGUGAUGGAUAAUUCCAUGAGUUGGGAAUCCUCAGUGGUGAAUGAAAUCAUCCCCACAUUGGCUUUAACUUGAUGUUGUUCUGUUUUUGUUUCUGAGUUUAUAAAGAAGUGUUGGAGGCUGUUGAUUUAGUUUGUGUUCAUGGUUAGUGUGGGUUCAUUGUGACAUUAGACAAUACUACACUUUACACGGCAGCCAAGAAAUACAGAAUACUAAUUAACAUCAUCCAAAAUGUCAAAGGGAAGUUCAUGGAGUGUGCUCCCUGCAGUACAAAGUGGAACACAAGUUGAAUGUUUCAGUGGUCUGCUUGUGUGAAGGAACGGCCCUGGGUAUUCGUUCAGAUGAAAAGCCAGCUGCGUGUUAUAUUGCAUUUUAUUGCCUUUUUGUGUUGCAUUUUAUUUUCAACUGGAUUUACAGUGAGGAAAAUUAUACUAUGUUAGUAUUUUGUUUUAUUAUGCUUCUGUUUUUGAUUUUCCAAAAUAUAAGAAACUUUAUACUGCUUUAUGUUAUGGCAGAAAGUACUUCCUUCCUUGAAGUAUUAAAACUUAUCUCCAGAUGCGGUCAAAUUGGUGUAAUCUCACAUUUCCCCUGAUUUGGUACCUCUGUGGGCCAGAGAAGCUCAUCUGAGAUUUUCUACCAUUUAUCUACAUCUUCCAAAUGUCAGUUCUCAGAUAUUAAAAUUGGAAUAGGGCAAAUGGCAAGCAUCAAGAUAAUUUUUUACUAAGAUAAGUACAUCAAGAGCUGACCCGAAAGCAACACUAUUUCAAUCUUGACCAAAGCAGGGGAGGUCCAAAAUGCUGGACUGACAUUGGAAGUAAAAUGAAUAAAUAAAGCAAUAGAAAGCAUCAAAAAUGGAACUUUAACUGCCAAAACUGGAAAUACCUGGUGCAUAUCUGUUAGGUAGCAGAAAAUCUAAUCAUAGGAAAACUUGACUGGAUAAUGUUAUAGCAUUAAUGAUAAAUUAGUAUUAUGUUAUUUAAGUAUUUUUGUUGUUAUGGCUCAUUACUAUUGGUGGCUGUUGCCACAUUUUUAAAGGUGUUUUUAUUUUAUUUUAUUUUGUUGGUGAUCCUGGACUGCCAAAGCGGAUUAAGUUGUGUGCCUUUGGUAUUUUAUGAAUUUUCUUUAUCUGACAAUGAAAAUUAUCAAAAUGUUUUUAUACUUGUAUUUAUUGGUAGUAAAGCCAUUUAAUUUGUUGUUAAAAUACUCUGUCCAUGCUUUAGCCUGCAUUGAAAUGUUUGUGAGCUCAAGGCAUACUGCACACCAAAUAUUGUUUGCAAUCCAUAGAGUGGUAUCAUCUCAUGUGGCAGUGGUCAGUGGCGCAUUUUGUAUCAAUAAGAUUUACUGAAAUCCUGUAAAAUGUCUUAAUUGAUCCAUGUGGGUGUGUUUGUACGCAACACAAUGCCUCUGCAGUACUGUAUCAACUCAUAUAAAUGGAUCUGAAAAGUCA